AUUGAUGAUGAUCAUCUGGAACCCUUCUGGCAGAUGAAAGUGUCACAGAAACUGAGUGAAGUUGGAGGGGAAAGAUUUUUAGAGGCUGAAGGAGAAGCACUCUUGCAGUUUAAAGCUUCCAACACAAUCGUCUCCCUGACUGGUUCUAAUCCGCUUCACCCUGAAGCAAUGCGUUAUAUUGCUGAAUCCGGAGUAGUCGUUUUUAUCGAUGCCAACAGUAUGGACAUUCUUGAACGACUUGAAGCCAUGAAAGUCAACAGAAUCGUUGGCCAGGGUGCAGGAAUGACAAUGAAAGAGAUCCUAGCAUAUCGACAGCAGUUCUAUGAGAAAAACUAUGAUGUCAGAGUAAUUUGUGAAAGAGAUGAAUCCUUUGACAGCAUCGCUGAAAAACUCUACCAAGCUGUUAAAAGGUUCCGUAACAGAACUGGCUAUGUAUCCACAAGAGGAUAUAAGUUUCCUGGUGGGACAUCUGCAGAUUUUAAUCAAGUUGUCAUACAAGGUCUUGCACACGAUAAUGGUCUAUAUGUCCCUGAAAGUAAAAUGCCAUUCCUCACAAUGAAGCAGUGGCAACGUCUAGUGGAGAUGACAUAUCCAGAGAGAGCUCUUCGUAUCCUAGAAAGUCUAAUUCACCCCUCAGAUGUUCAUCCAAAACAAUUACGUAACAUGGUCCAUCUUGCUUACAACAUUGACAGUUUUAACUGUAAGGUUGUCACUCCAGUUGUUCCUUUAGAGAAGAACCAACAUCUUCUGGAGUUGUUCCAUGGACCUUCAGCUUCUUUCAAAGAUGCUGCUCUCCAGUUAAUGCCGCAGUUUUUUUCAAAUGCGGUUAAAAGAGAAUCUGCAAACACAAGGUACCUGAUACUUGUCGCAACUUCAGGUGAUACUGGUAGUGCUGUACUUGAUGGAUUUAGUAAAUAUUCAGGUCAAAACACAUCAGUCGUUGUACUGUAUCCAGAAAAGGGAGUGAGCACUGUACAAGCGUCUCUUAUGGCAUCAGCCAAAGGGUCAAAUGUCAAAGUUAUUG